GCCAGAGGCGUGCUGUCCGCACCGCAGUUGCUGUCGUAAGUGUUCAAAAGACAUUUUAAACCCUGGAAUCAAACCACACGUAGUUACAAGGUUUCCCGGGCUUGUCGUAUACAGAUAAGGGAUUUGCAGAACAGAUUGCAAAUGAAGCAAUCCGACUCCGAACGGUCCUCCCUCUAUCUAGAAGUUUGCACCGACGACGAAGAGCCGUCUCUUCCUCUGCACACUUCCAUCGCGCUGUUUCUCCUGUCGUACUGCGAAUGCAAGUCCUUCAAUGUGCUUCUGGUCACGCCGGCGCCUGUCGGCCCUCACACACUGAGUGGUCGCCUACCGCAGUCCGUGGACGUCUCCAUCAUAUCCUCCGAUGACGCGCCCUCGCUGCUGAGGGGUUGUCGUCUCCCUGCUGUCAUGGAUGGGACGGCGAGAUACUGCAGGGCCGGACUCGCGGUGGUGCUUCGGCACAUCAUCGCCAAAACCGCCGAGGCUGACCCCCGCAGGAAGGACGUGGUGGCAUUGCUCGGUUUCAAGAACACCUGCCUGAAAGCCUGCGCUGAGGUGAGCCAGUGGACCAGACUGUGUGAGCUCGGUAUUCCCUCAGCAGUUGAAGAACACCUGAGAAAUCCUGGGGAGCAGUGCACACACCUCCCUCCCGCUGUUCUCCACCUGGAGAAAAAAUUAGGGGAGCCAGUUAAAGUCCACAAUGAUGACAAAAUUCGCAGACAAAAACUUCGACAGCAGAAGCAAAAGGGAGACGGAGAAUCUGCAAAAGGCCAAGAAAACUCGGAGUCCCAGUCUGUUCUGUCAUCACAGGGCCAUGAUGGGCUUGAGCUGAGAGCCGCCCUGGAGAAACUGUUUGUGGGUGCAAUUCCACAUCCAACCACCAGGGAGAACUCUGAGAUUAGAAAAGUGAAGACCACAGACCUGCCUUUCCUGGAGCAUGUGUUUGCAGAAGGGAUGUACUUCACUCUGACUGAUGUGGUCCUGUUGCCGUGCAUCUACCGCUACCUGUGCUCCCUCAAAGCCCACGCGGCUAGCACUCUGUCCCAGCUUCCCCUCCUGCUGCGCUGGUAUGGCCGCGUUCAGGAGGUCCCUGGAGUUCUAAAAGCAGCCCAAGACUGUAGGAUGGUUCUCUCCACUGUCCAAGCCCCCGGGCCCUGCCCCAGUGCCCCAGCUGCAAAGACAAUUUCAGCUGGCCAAGUGGAGCAGGGAAGCCUUGAGAGGACAACGGACGUGCCCUUUGUUGGUGGCCCCAGGCCGACAAUGACUAAACUUAAAGAGCGUGGUAUUGAGGCUGUCUUUGUCCCUCAUCCUUGCCCUAUGUGGGCUAUUCCAUGGGACAACUUACCAGGAGCUGUUAACCCCACUGAAGGCAAAAUGUCAGACGCCCGUGCAAUGAGGAAAAGGCAACAGCUGAAUAAUUUGGUUGCCAUGGUAACAGAGCUUGCCAGGCCUGGAUACACUGUUGUGGAUUUCUGCAGCGGAGGGGGGCAUGUAGGUAUUGCUCUGGCCCACACUCUUCCCUAUUGCCAGGUGAUCCUCAUAGAAAACAAAGAGGAGUCCUUGGUAAGGGCCAAGGACCGCAGUGCUGAGCUUGGUCUGGCCAACAUUGGCUUCAUUCAGGCCAACUUGGACUACUUCAGUGGACCGUUUGACAUUGGGGUGGCUCUCCAUGCAUGUGGUGUUGCAACAGACAUGGUGAUGGAGCACUGCAUUCAAGCAGGGGCAGCCUUCGUGGUCAGUCCUUGUUGCUAUGGCUUCAUCCAAAAUACGAUGAAGUUCACCUUCCCGAGGAGCAAACGCUUCCAGGAGGCUCUGAGUUACAAGGAGCACAUGGUUCUCUGCCGCUUUGCAGACCAGACGGCUAUCCAGCUCCCUCCUGAAAGACGUCUCAUAGGUAAACAGUGCAUGGGCCUGGUGGACUUGGAUCGUUCCUGGGCAGCAGAGGCUCAUGGGUACUCAGUACAACUGAUGACCAUGGAGCCUGAAAGCUGUUCGCCAAAGAACAACAUGCUGGUGGGUGUGGCCAGAGAGAACGCCACAGCAGAGGAGUAAACUGUCACUCAUUGCUGGCAAACUUGGAGUGCUGCAGAAUCAAGAAGACUGUAGAUUGAAGAUUGUUGAUGGGAUCAAAGUUGGCCAAGUAGCUGGGGUGUUUAAUAAGGACUCCAGAGAUAAGGUUCCUUUUAAUCCACAUCGGUGACUUACUUUUUGUCCAUCUGUUUAUAAGUAACAUCUGUUUAGUUGUCUUUUUUUCCACCCCUUUUUCCUGAUGUAUGCUUGGGAAGGAUAACAGAUGUUUGGCCUUUUGAUCAGUCAUUUGGAGUGGUAUUACAGCAACCUUCACCCUGUAGUGUCUUUUAGGGGGCACUGCCAUAGAUGUUAAACUAAGACAGGGGUAAAUACUUAACGAAAUCCCGUUCCCUUACUAUGAUCCCAUGUCAAAGUCUUUACUUGUGCUCUCGUACUGGCCACAUAGCUGUGGUUUAAGAAUUAAAAGCUACAA